UCGGGUAUCAAUUGGAUUUCUUAAAGUCUUCAGUUAUAAGUACUAGCAAGAAUAAAUUGAAUAAAGAGAACUCCAUGUGAAGUUCAACAGAUUCAUCUUCCUAAGCAAACAAUUUUUAUCUCAUUUAUUUCGUCUAUUUUAUUUAUUUUUGAGUACAGUUUCUAAUGUAUAAAGCUAUUCAAUAUACAGAGAAUAAGAAUAAAUUUGAAUUUAGAACGGUUAUACACAAUAUGACAUUUCAUUAUGAAAUCAAACAGUAACAAAGCAUUACAAAUAUAGUAUUCAUAUUACCAGGCUGGGUAACCUUCUCAUUCUACUAUGAAAUCAUCAAUCAUGUACUUUGAAUAUAGAAAUAAAGAUGGUUAUAUUUCAAGAACAGAAUUAUUCACAAAGGUUGGCACUAAAUCUCCAGAUCGACAGAAAGUUCAUGAACUAAUUAAAUUGUUUGAUAUCAAUGGUGAUGGUUUGAUAAGUUUUGGCGAAUAUAAAUUGAUAUUGGGAUUGACAGGUCAAUCAAUCGAUGGUUGGAAACGUUUAUUUCGAAAAUUGGAUAAAGAUGGUUCAGGUACUUUGGAUUUUCAUGAAAUCUGUUCACUAUUUGGUGGGGAUAAUUCUUCUGAAGUGAGAAAAUCUGUUCGAAAUUACAUGAAACGAUAUGAUACUGAUCGAGAUGGACGACUUAAUAUUAGAGAAUUUUUAACAUUUGUUGCUGAACAAGCUGAACAUAGUGCAGUAUAAUAAACAAACAGAAAAGAAUUAUGUAUUGAAAAAUAACAGAGAUUACAUUUGUACAGAAAUAUUGAUAACUUCCCCUUAGUAUAAACAAA